UUCCCAGGCCGGGCUGGGUCGGGCCCGCAGGCCGUGCGGCGGGCUCCCGGGGGCCCUGGAGCUCGGAGUGCGGUGGAAUGAGGACUCCGAGCUGGGGACAGCCUCCAAAAGGACUAGGGGCUUCUGGAGGGCCGGUCGGGAAGUGUAUCUGGGCGACUUACAAGACGAAGUCAUACGGAAGCGUCUUCUGAUUGAUGGAGAUGGUGCUGGGGAUGACCGGAGAAUUAAUCUCCUCGUGAAAAGCUUUAUCAAAUGGUGCAACUCUGGAUCCCAAGAGGAGGGAUAUAGCCAGUACCAGCGUAUGCUGAGCACCCUGUCCCAGUGUGAGUUUUCAAUGGGCAAGACUUUGCUGGUGUAUGAUAUGAAUCUCAGAGAAAUGGAGAAUUAUGAAAAGAUAUACAAAGAAAUAGAAUGUAGUAUUGCGGGAGCACAUGAAAAAAUUGCUGAGUGUAAAAAGCAAAUUCUUCAAGCAAAACGAAUACGAAAAAAUCGACAAGAAUAUGAUGCUUUGGCGAAAGUGAUUCAGCAUCAUCCAGACAGACAUGAGACAUUAAAGGAGCUAGAGGCUCUAGGCAAAGAAUUGGAGCAUCUCUCACAUAUCAAAGAAAGUGUUGAAGAUAAGCUGGAAUUGAGACGGAAACAAUUUCAUGUUCUUCUUAGUACCAUCCACGAACUUCAACAAACAUUGGAGAAUGACGACAAGCUGUCAGAGGUGGACGAAACUCAAGAAAGUGCCAUGGAAGCAGACCCUAAGCCCUAGACAGCGGCCAUCCCCAUUUGCAGGGGCAGUGAAAUGCUGCGUGGGCGCACAGGGUUCAGUUUGUUGUCAUUUUGAGAUUCUUCAACUUUGACUGUGACUUUGGCAGUGAAAUGCUUUGCUUUUAAAUAUUAAUUUGUGUCUUACUCAUAUUUCUUUUCACAAAGGAAAUGUGUUUGGUGUAUGUGUAUUUUUUAAAUGCAUUUUUAUCUUUAAAGGUAGAAUUUAACAUCUGAAAACAUUUAAUAAAAUUUCUCAAAUUGGAUCUUUGCUUAUUCAAAAUUAGGUAACUGGUAACAGUUGCCUUAUAAGAUCAGCUGAGGAUUCUAAGAAGAUUGCAUUCGGGAACCACUUUUGAAAAGGAAGUCCAUGAAUAGGCUUUAGAGGGGCCAUGAUCAAUACGUGUGGUAUGUGUUCACUACAGGGAAAGUUCCACACUGUUAAGAAUUGCUGGUACAUUGCUUUUCUGCAUCUCUCUGUUAGUACUUGAGAAAUGUGGCUAAUAAAUGUUUCCUCUCCA